UGCGGCCUGGGCCUCCUGCCCGUGGUCUAUUACAGCCUCCUGCUGUGCCUCGGCUUACCAGCGAACAUCCUGACGGUGAUCAUCCUGUCCCGGCUGGUGGCGCGGAGGCAGAAGUCCUCCUACAACUACCUCCUGGCGCUGGCCGCCGCCGACAUCCUCGUCCUCUUCUUCAUCGUGUUCGUGGAUUUCCUGCUGGAGGACUUCAUCCUGCGCACCCAGAUGCCCGCGGUGCCCAACCAGGUGGUGGGCGUGCUGGAGUUCUCCGCCAUCCACACCUCCACCUGGAUCACCGUGCCGCUCACGGUGGACCGCUACAUCGCCGUCUGCCACCCGCUGCGCUACCACGCCGUGUCCUACCCCGCGCGCGCCCGCAGGGUCAUCGCGGGCGUGUACGCCGCCUGCCUGCUCACCAGCGUCCCCUACUACUGGUGGCCCGACCUCUGGGCGGAGGGCCACGCCAGCUCCGCCGCGCACCACGCGCUCGUCUGGGCGCACUGCGUCACCGUCUACCUGGUGCCCUGCUCCAUCUUCUUCGCCCUGAACUCGGCCAUCGUGCGUCGGCUGCGGCGGAGGAGCGCGCUCCGCCUGCGCGGCUGCCCCGCGGGCCGCACUACGGCCAUCCUGCUCGCCAUCACCUCGGCCUUCGCCGCGCUCUGGGCGCCGCGCAUCGCCGUCAUCCUCUACCACCUGUACGGCGAGCCCGUGCGGAACCGCCGGCUGGCGCACGUGGUGGCGGACGUGGCCAACAUGCUGGCGCUGCUGAACACGGCCGCCAACUUCUUCCUGUACUGCUUCAUCAGCAGGCGCUUCCGCGCGCUGGCGGCCACCACGCUCAGGGCGCUGUUCACCUGCCGCAAGCAGCCCGCGCAGUUCCCCGCCAGCCACAACUUCUCCAUCACCAGCAGCCCCUGGGUCUCCCCCGCCAACUCGCACUGCAUCAAGAUGCUGGUGUACCAGUACGACAGGGAUGGUAAGCCUGCCAGCGCCUCCCCGUGACCCCGGGCUGAUCCAGGCCGGGGUAGGAGGGCGGCGACAGAGGCUGCCUGCUUCCAGGGGCUGAGCAGCUCAGACUUCGGGUGAGAACAGACAAAAGAGAACAAAGUUUCCACUUGCGCCAUUAUUGUCACAAAGGCACCGUGACAGCUAAAGUCCCUGCCAGUUUGAAGGUCGUGUCAUCACCCUGUGGCCAGUAAGGAUGGGGUAGAGACACGUGUGAAAUAGUCUGUGACUUGGCCCUGGCGACAGUCACACUCACCGGAACUGUAUGUGGCGCCUGAGGCGCAGUACCCCUAGCUGAGCCACUCUUCUUCAAAGAGCUGGGGUCACCCGUCACUUCCCAGUGCUCUU